AUGAAUAACUCUGCUGAAACGGUGGUUGGCAUAGCUGAAAAGCUCCUCAGGGAGAACGCUAUGGUCUGCAAAUGGAAAACUCUGCAAUCAACCCUUUUGGUGAUGUAUUGCAAUUGGAUUAGAACAUGGAAUCUGUCAAACAACUUCUUUCAUUAUGACAACUCAAAGAAAAUGGAGAGGCUUAACACUAGAUGGUCGACUCCGCCCCCCUCAUGGCUCAAACUUAACUUCGAUGGCGUCGCUCACAGUGGUGUUGCGAAGGGAGGAGGAAUUAUUAGAGAUAGCUUGGGCAACCUGAUUCUGGCCUAUGCGAGGAAUUUUGACUCUGUCUCUAGUAACAUGGUUGAAGCCCUUGCUCUCUUCUGGGUGUUUAAAUUGGCCCUCGACAUCAAUACUAAAAGGUUGAUCAUUGAAGGGGACUCUAAGCUAAUUAUUGAGGCGGCUAAAGGAGUUGCAGGGAUUAGCUGGACGAUCAGCAACAUUAUCAAGGACAUUUGGUCCAUGAUUAUCUGGCUUGAGGAAUUUCAAAUUCAACACAUUUACAGAGAGGGUAACUCAGUGGCAGACUCUUUGGUCGCGACGGGCCUUGAGUUAACUGGUAUGAGGUGCUGGAGACACCUUGAUUCUCUUUCUGACAGACAGAAGUCCCUAAUUGGGAGAGGCCGGAAUUUCUCUACUUGCCAAUGA